AUGAAAGCUUCCAAGAAAUCAGAGAGUUCUGGCUCAGAAAACAUUAAUGGUGGUAUAAUGAACUCUCUCAUUGGAAGCAUGCGUAAAUCGAGGACAAAUAAUUCCUCCAAUGUUUCAUCUCAUUCGAUGGAACGGCCGAAGGAUUUAUCAGCCCAAUCAGUCAAUAGUAUUAAUCCCAGAAGUGCAUCGAAUAAUGGUUUUUUUUCCAAAGGCAAAGUCAGUAACAGCUUUGGAGAUAACUCAUCAUUUGACUCAAUUUCUAGAGUGAAUACUAAUGCAAGUAUAGGCACCUCUUCAACACACACAUUCCAUAGUUUGUCUCAAAAUCAUGCAAAGAAGAUAAUUGGAGGUUCAGGCUUUAGAAAAACUCACCGGCAUACCAUCUCUGAUGAUUUUGUCUUAGAGCCACCAAGUGAUCCUAACGAAAUUGAAAGAAUGUUUACAGAAGUUAUGCAAACUAGAGAUUUUGAGAGUUUGCCUGAAAAUGCCAAAGCCGAAAUGUUAAAUUACUCAAUUGAAAGGAAAUGGAUGUUGAUUCGUCAACAGAAAUUAACUGAGUUUAAAAGACAGAGACUAAAAGAACUACCUGAGUUUCGGCCGUCUGCUGGACCAAAUGAUGCAAUUCAAAUGCAAAUGAAAGCACAGGCUGAACCAAUUAGUUUUAUUACUCUGCUUUUAAACAAUACCAUUACUACUGAACAACUAAAGGAAUUGGAAGUUUAUCUCACUUCCGAAGAUCUAAAUUGGAUGAUUGAUUUUUUAAAUCAAGAUGGUGCUGUGUGUUUAUGUAACGUCUUGAACAAUUUGUACAAGACUAAACCAUUGCUACAACUACCUGUGCAACAUAAAACGAAAAUGUUUACUAAUGUUUCAGAAUCGUAUCAAACAAUUAUUGAAAAAGAGGCAAGAUUGUUUAGAUGCAUUAAGGUGAUAGCCUUGUCGACUGCAGGCACUGAAAAAAUAAACUCAAUGAUGUCUUUAUUUAUUCCCGUAAUUUUUGGAGGCAUGCUGUCACCAAGAGCCUGGGUUAAAAAGUUGGCGAUUGACAUUAUUACUCAUUAUUCUUUUACAUACAAUAAUCCUCGUCCUCUUUACUCAACACUAAAAAAGAAUAUCAACGAGAACUGCCAUUUGAUAUACAUCAAAGAGUUCUAUGAAAACAGCACUACAAAUGUUCGACUUGAUAAACGUUCGCAGGUUAUUUUGUCAAACAUUAAUGGUGUUACCAGAUAUGAAGCAUGGAUUUGGUGUUCUUUACGUACUUUCUUGGGACACGGGAAACUGGGUUCUAAAGUUGGUUCUUUUCCCGAAUUUAAGUUUAGCGGCCCAAUGGACAUUUCUUAUAUUGCGGGUUAUGCAGAAUCUACCCUUCUCUUAUUAAGAUUAAUUAUUGAAAAUGCUGGCGCCUUGAAAGAGCGUCUACAGAUGCGUAGAAUCUUGCAAGCGUCUGGUUUACACGAGUUGAUGGAUCGUUGCGAAUUGCUAGAAAUACCUGAGGUUAACAUCUUGUUGGAGGACCUGAAUACACUGAAUAACAACGAUGAUUUAGAGUUGCGGAAAACUAACGAAUUCAAACAGCAAGACAUCAAUUUUGAAGACCCGACUUCUUUAUUGACCGCUUUAUGGCGUAAUUCUAAAGGUACUAAGAUAGGUGACUAUUUGUUGUCACUAAUCCAAAGUAUUUUUCUUAAUGCAAACUCAGAUGAAACCAAUGAGGAUUUGAUACGAAAUCUAAAGUUAACCAAUGAUUUUGUGUCAAACAUCACAAUGGCAACAUCAGUUGAUGAUAAUAACAUGAACAUUAGCAUCAACAAAUUAUUAGCUGCUUACAGGAGUGAUGACACCGCAAAACAAGCGUUGCAAGAACAGAAGCGCACGAAGCUAGAGAUUGAAAAACUAGAGGCGGAAAGAGAUAAUUUGAAGAAACAAUUGGAUGAUGGAUCUCAAGGUAUGGUUCAUACCUUACAAAAUGAGCUAAUUCACAGAGAUGAAACGAUUAGAAAAUUUCGUGAAAUUAUUGACCGCAAAGAUGCGGAGCUAUACGUGAUUAACAAUGAACUAAAGAAGACCAAACUCGAAGCAGAGGAAUAUGCGAGAAAAACGAUAAUUGCAGCUGAUAGUAAUAAACCUAAACAGCAUUUAGUUGAGUUGCGCCCAACACCGGGAAGGUCUGCGAUUUCAUCGAAUAUUAGACAUUCGGCUAAGUCCAGGUCUAGGGUUGCUUCUGGUCACAAACCCUUAUCUGGAACAAUAGUUUCAUUGGAAUCUUUAGAAAAAGAAGCUAGGACUCUUGAAAACACAGACUUUGAAGAGUACCUUGACCAAAUUCCAGAUGCUAAAGACGUCAAAUUAACCAAAGACAGAACUGCAAGGGAUAGAGAUGCAGAUAUGCAAACUUUGAAUUCCCUAAGGAAAAGAUUAAAGUUUUUGGAAAAAGAUGCCAACAACGUUAUUAAGUAUCAAAGUAAACUAGCGAAUCAGGAAUCGUUGGAGCAAAGAAAGUUGGAGGCACUUGAGCGGUUGAACAAGCUCCAAUCAACUUUGCAGGAUCUAAGGAUACAAGAGUCGAAAUAUGAAGAUGAAGAAGAAAGAAACGCUAAGAAGACAUUAGAUCCAUAUGGCACAAUGGAUAGGAUUGAUACAUCUAAAUCUAAAAAGUUAAGAUCCGAGCUCAGUGAGAUUGAGCAAUUAUGCGACAACCUAAAAUUCCAGCUAUCUCUUAAAGGCGAUGAGAAUUAUGAUGAAGAUUCGGACGAAUUGGUUCGUAAAACACAAGAGAUGUAUACUACAGGGAAGAAGGUUCAACCUAAGGCCGAAUUUAAUGCGGGUCCUGUAGUCAAUCCGAUAACUGUGAAAAAGAUGGACAUGAAUUCGAUGAGACCGUUUUUAGGAGAGUUGGAACAAAAAGUCGGUAGAAAACAGCCUAUUACUGAAGUAACGAACACCGAUGACUUUCACGUUAAAGAUCUAAAUACCCCAUUGCAUGAAGAUUCGAAAUCAGCUGAUUUUAUUGGUCUUUCCUAUAAUGCUGAUGACAAAAAUAAGAAGAAAAUGAUUACUCUUAACAUUGGAUCCAAUGAAGAAACUAAUGACGAUUUAGAUCAUAAAAAACACAUUAUAAGAACUGGUAUUGUCAAGCAACCUGGCUCCAUGAGUACUGCUGAGUACCAAACUGAAGGGAAAAUAUUUGAAGCUAUAGAUAUCAACUCGAUUAAUACUACAGAGCAUGCAAGUGGAAACAUCCAGCGUAAGUAUGUUCAACAUUCUCAAGGUAACGGAAAUGAAAUUUGUGAAGAAGAGGCAUCUGAGGAAAUAGAAAUAGAGGCUGGAUACAAAUCUAAGGAUAAAAUGAAAGUUAGAGUGCCAAGAGAUAAUACUAUGAAACACUUUGACAAUGAAACAAUUGAAGAUGACGACAAUGAUCUGCCAAUCAGCAGAAAAUCAAUAACGAGCGAUGAAGUAUAUGAUAAACAUAAUACAGCACCUAUUCAUCAAUCAAAUGAAUCUCUGGAAAGAAUAGAACAAGCAAAUGUAUCCUUACCUCUUUCAGCUGAGAUCACUGAGCCUACCUUGGCAAAUGAAACUUCUGCAAUCAUCAGAAAUUCUGAUUUAUUAGCAGCAGAUAAGUUUACCUCCGAUUCCAAGUCUCUGGAUGCCUCUUCUCAAGGUUCACAGUCAUCCUCAUCAACGGUAAUUAGGGCUAAUGUAGAGGCAUCACCUACAUUGCCAUCACCUAGUUCAUCAUCAUCUCUAUCAUCUCCACAAGCACCAGCACCAGCACCAGCACCAGCACCUCCUCCUCCUCCUCCUCCUCCUCCUCCACCACCAAUACACAUUAAUACAUCCGGUUCUCCUAUUCCAUCACCUCCCCCAUCACCUCCACCACCGCCACCCCUGAUGUUUUCUGGUAAAAGUGUUUCUUCGAUGUCUCCUAUCAUCACAUCAAGUCCGUUUGAUCAUUUGCCAAGGACGAAGAAGAAAUUAAAGCAGUUGCACUGGGAAAAAAUCGAUGACAUUGAAAACUCACUAUGGUCCGAUAUGAAUAUCGAACAGUUUGCUGAAGUUUUCAGAGAAAAGGGUAUCUUUGAUAACAUAGAAGAUUUAUUUGCUGCAUUCGAGGCCAAAAUGAAUCCAAAAACUAUUAAAGCUGAUGUCGAAAAGAAAUCGUUUUUAAGUGCGCAGCACAGACAAGAAUUUAAUAUUUGUCUUCAACCUCUAAAUAAAGAUUCUGAUAUGGAAAUUGUAACUAAAAUAUUGCAUUGUUCACAGGAAAUUUUACAAAGACAAAAAAUUAUGGAGUUACUAGCCAAGCCCGAAUUAUGCGAGAUAUCAAAUACAUUAGGAAAGAAUUUAGAGCCAUAUUCAACAGAAUGGAAUUCAAAGGGGAUCAUCAGCAAACCAGAUAAAGAUCCAAACGAAUUAGCCAGACCUGAUAGAAUAUAUGUCGAAACUUUCUAUAAUUUGAAUCAUUACUGGAGAUCACGUAUGAGGGUUUUAAAUGUUAUUACCUCCUUCAAGGAGGAUUACCAAUUGCUGAAUAAACAACUGGAUCUGGUCGAAGAGGCUACCAGAAGUAUCGAAAGCUCCGAAUCAUUGAAAAUGUUAUUUGAAAUUAUUCUACUGCUAGGAAAUUAUAUGAACACCGAUAACAAAAAAGCAUUUGGGUUUAGGCUGAGCACCUUACAAAGGUUGAGUUUCUUGAAGAAUCACAACAACUCGAUGUCCUUCCUGCAAUUCCUAGAAAAAAUUGUUCGAAAAGACUUUCCUGAAGUCCAGAAGUUUGUCAAUGACUUAAAAGCUGUUAAGGGUGCAUCUAAUAUUUCGAUCGAACAUUUGGAAAAAGAUUGUGUGUCAUUGAUUUCCAGUGUCAACAACAUUGAUACCUCGUUGACUACUGGUAAUUUGAGUAAUCCUGGCUUGUUUCAUCCGGAAGACAGAUUUUUAAAGAUUGUAUAUAGAGAGAUGCCAGCAAUGAGGAGAGAGGUAAACAAUCUCGACAACAAAAAGUUGAUUGUCUUAGAGAGAUUCAAUACCAUUAUGAAGUACUUCAAAGAGGAUCCAGAUGCUGAUGAGUUUGCUAGGAAUAGCUUUUUCAAGAAGUUCAGUGAUUUCUUGGAGAGUUAUUCCAAAAUUUCCGUGGAAAAUAUACAAAGUGAAGCAUUGCAGAAGAAAGUCGAGGAAGCUGAACGUAUUCGUGAAACCACCAAACGGAAAAGAGAUGAAAAGAUCACGGGGGCCAACAUUGAUCUUGAGAAGUCUAUUGAUAAGUUGAAGAAUUCCGGAUUACCUGAAAGAAGAAACAGAUUAAAGGAGCUCAUUGUUACAUCGAUCCACAGUGCAUCUGCAUCGAGAAAUGAGGGAGCAGAAGAUAACGAGGUUAAAGGUAUCGUACAUGUGAAUCAUGAAAGUGAAAGUCUUAACCAAAACUUGGAUGACUUGAGCAGUCCAGCAGGCUCGCUACUUGAAGGCUACAGAAUUGAGGCAGACGGCAGCCUAGUGAGUCUAAAUGGAGAUGAUGGUACCCUUGAGUUGGAUGAAAAUGCGGUUCUGAGCGAGCGUUUGAAAAAACGUUUGCAACAAGGCCGGAGAGCUUCAUCUGGAACUCAAAUUUCCGAGAGUUAG